UGAAGGCCUCAUUGUAUUUAUUGUACAUUUUUUGUAUUUAUUUACGUGUGUGUGUUUGUGUAUAGAUGUAUAAACAUUAUCUUCUGAAUUACUGAAAGCUGUGGGAUUAUUCUCCUAUAGUUGAACAGCAGAUUGGAUUUUGAAGAUCCUGGCAAUCUCUAUGCAGGCAAUGAAUAUCAUAGCACAAGACGGAAAUGAUACAAAUUUAAAAGGAGCCAGCAAUGUGAACAACCAUUUUGGCUUUUUACCCAGCGCAGGCUCAAACGUGAGCCGUCUGAUCCUGAGAGAACCGUUUGACUACAGCAGUGGCCUGGACACACAGUGGAGCUACACGCUCACUGCUUUGAUUUCUGAUGCCAACCUGGGGUCAGCGCCCAUCCAGACAGGCACUGUCAUCAUUAAUGUGCGAGUAGUGGAUCCACACCUCACCACUGUCAUCACUACAACUAAUCCCAGAAUUGCAUACAUCAACGAGAAGAAGAACAUAUUUGAUACAAAUGACUGGUAUGUGUGGUUUGUCAUUGCUGUGGGCAGCUUCCUUCUUCUGUCCAUGUCGGUCUACCUGCUGUAUAGGUGCUGUACAUACCUCUCAACUACAAAACACCUCUGCUGUGAACCUACACUGAUACAAGACUAGGUGGAACUGUGAGUACACAUAAAGUCUUUUAAGCUGCUACAUUUAAUUCAUUAGCAGGUAUUGAUUGUAUAUCAUU